CACAUUGCCUCAGCUGUUGUCCGUUGGUUAUAAAACAUACAUAUAUUUCCAAAUUUCCAAUAAAUCCUGCCCGUUUGUUUUAUUAUAAAUAAAUACAUUUUUAUUAAAGAUCCCUUAGCCGGCAGGCAUAUUUCCUUCGCCAGUUGAUAAACUCUCCAAUAAUUGAAAUGCAGAAGCAACCAACAGGGAAAGGCGGUUUCUUUCCAUACUUCAAGACUUACAAUGGGCGCAAAUUUGUCUUUUAUGCAGCCGGAACACUCACUGUUAGCUUAUUCGUUGGAAAUUUUAUUCCUCAGACAUUUGGUUUGUCAUAUUUCCAAGACUUCGUGCAAUGCUAUAAAAAUGGCAUAGCAGUACCAGUGCCAGAGGCAGUGGGGCAACGACUUCAGCAGGCUUUUGAUAAACUGGAAGUAGAUGGCUUUGAGCGUAAAUUUGUGAAACCCUUCAGUGUGUUUGGAUUCGAUCUCUUUCAAGCGGGUUCCACGAAAUAUAGCUUUGGCGCCGCUUUGGGCAUACCGGUAAACUAUGCCUAUGCUGACGCUAGCGAUAUUAAGCGUGCGGAUAUUCGUUUCCGGGAUCAGAAAAUUGACUGGAGUUCGCCUAGCGGACAGCUGCUAGAGCAGGCUAUUGUUCUGACCGAGGAUGAACAGAUCUUCGGGCUUAGCAAAGCUGUUCUACAAUUGCAAACCCAUCGCCUGCUUUUAAAUUCUAUCUUUCCCUGCGUUAAUUUUCUAAUGGUCUACACGAUGGGACACUAUUUGAACAUGCGUCUCAAUCUCUUCGCACGUCAUGGAAGUGUCCGCUUUGUUCUUUACUCCAUCUUGGGACUGUUUGGACUGGGCUCUUGGUCGUUUAUGAAGGAUUACAAUCAAGUAGCCACAGAUGCGAGUAUUGAUAAGAAACUGGCUAGUUUGGGUCCACAAUUUGUGGCCGCCGGCGUCAGCUACUACGACAAGCAGCUGAAAAAGAACAUGGCCCUCCGAGCAUUGAUUGGAGACAGUACAUACACGGCGCUGGGCAAUGAAAAUUAUAUGCUGAGGCAAAAAUCAAUGCCAUUGACAGCACGCAAAUCCUUCUUUGCCGAGCGGUGGCAGGAACUGCAGCAAGCCCAAAAGCCAGCCACGACAGAGACGCCUUAAAGAACAUAAUUGUUGAUCGGUUAUAUUUAUUGUAUAAGUUAUAUAGUACAACUAAUAUUUUAUACAUAUAUAUAUAUAUAUAUUUAUAUAUAGAUGGUUGUCUAUGCCAAAACCAUAAAA